GUAAUAGUAAACCAAGAAGACACAAUAAUGCACACAGGGCUAUAAAGCAAUCAGUUCCUUUCUUGAAACUCAACUCAAUCCAUACGAGAAUAAAGCAAAGCAAAGCAGAUCUCUUCUAACAAAUUUUUCUAAUUACAAUUACUUUCUUCUCUCAAUUCAAGCAAUGAGACUCAAGAAGAGAAAAAAACUCUAUUCAAACACAGUCCCCAUGGAGCUGGCCAAGGAGGUGGUUGUCUUAUUCUUUUCUUACCACCGCUUUACUGGGAAGCUCCUUACAACAACUAUGAUUUCCUUGAUUAAUAAGAAUCUUUCUUGUGUGAGGAGAGGAGACCGACGUAUUUUUAUCUUGGAUCGCUUUGCGGUCAUUUUCUCAUUUCUGGUCGUGUGGACUUAUGCCCAUAUUCAAACUCUUGCUGGAACUUACAAGAGUUCACAUACUUGUAGGACUGACAGUGCUGGAGUCAUUGGUGGUGCAUUAUGGUUCACUAUUCCCUUCCCAUUUCAAUGGGGAGCUCCUUCAUUUGCUCUUGGAGAGUUAUAUGAUGAUUCCUUUGUGCGUACCAGAUGGUAUAUAUGCAUUCUUUCAUUUUCAUAUUACUUAUCAUAUAAUGCACCACUUUAUAAAUAUGUAUAAACCAAAGUGACUAGACUUUCGAAUCCUUGUUUAAUUAACCGGUUGAAUAACUAUUGAACCAAAUUGAAUAACUAUUGAACCAAAUGAUUAAUAAAAUAAAGGAUUGAAUUAAUAUGCUUUGUUUUUCAAGAAUAUUGCUCAAAUUUUGUAGAUUUUUUUUCUUCAGUUUAACGAUGUGGUCAACCUUUUGUUUUCAUCUGCAGCGUUUGUUUUUUGUAUCUUAGCCAUAUUUUUGGAUUUUAUUUUGCUUUGGAAGAGUGAUCUCUAUAAUCAGUGAGACCAAGACAGCACCUAGAAGGAUCAAUUCACCUCUACGAGAACUGAUAGGGGGAUUGCUGAGUUUUCUCUACCUGUGUAGUGUUAUUGUUGAUUAUUGUAUUAAGCUUAGCUCCAUAUGAUUAUAUGUAUCUUACAGUACUAGCAGUACAAUAUAUAUUACAUGCUAACUGUAUCAAUUCUCCUAUAAUACUAGCAGUACAAUAUAUAUUACAUGCUAACUGUAUAAUUUCUCCUAUAAUACUAGCAGUACAAUAUAUAUUACCUUGUUAACUCUAUCACUUCUCCUAUAUGUUUAGAUGUUUAUACACGUUAAUUCACUUGUGUUUGCUU